ACAGCGAAUGUGACUAUCAAUGUUUACUUAAAAACUAAAAUCAGUCAUGAAGUUUCACAUUAUAAAUAAACAAAAAAUACUUUCAAAAACUCCUUUAAAGAUAAUUAUUUUAGAAAAUUUUUGUCGUGAAAAUGGAAAAUUCUUUUACUCCAUCGAAGUGACGCCAAAAGAAGAGACGAAAAUUUAUUUUACGAAACUCAAAAUUCAGCCACUUUUUGUUGAUAUUACAUGGAUUAAGAAUUUCAAUUUGAUAACCCCAAUCGAAGAUGCUCCAGCUUUAAAGCUCGCAAAUGAAAUAAAAUCGACUCAUGUUGUUAACAGCGUCACUUGUUAUGGUUUAGAAGAUCAUCACAUCGAGAAAGUUUUGAGAAGUGAAUUGAAGCUUAAAAAUUUCACGGUUUUACGGGGAGAUUAUGUUGAUUCAGAGCAAAAGUAUAAAUUUGCUAAUGAGCUAAUUAAAGAGAUCCGAAGAAGAACAUCAAGCGAGGAGGUGACAAUAUUUUGUGCUGGUUAUUCAAAUACUCACAACGAAGCUGUCAAUGCAGAUGAAGAUCUUCAGAAUCUCAAAAGAAAAGUUGAAUCUGGCGUUGAUGCCAUCUUAACUUUAAAUAAAAGAGAGGAACGAGAGAGAUUAGAAGCAAAAAAUUCAUUCGCAUAUUAA